AUUACUAUACGGUCUGAGCUGUCAUAUCAUGACAGUCGUGAGUUUUGCGAUCCGUAAUUUACGCGUUUAGAUCGGUCAGAAACAUAUGAUUUGCUGGCACUAAAAUUAUUUUUGUAAAAAUUCCUGUUUUGCUUUAAAAAGCUUUUAUUAUUUUCUAUGAAUGUACUUUACAUAGUAACUGCUUUGUGCAUAGAAGAAUGAGAAUUAUAUAACACAUUGGUUGUACGACUUUCACAAUAUUAUAUUAUUGUACUGCCCGAAAUCAUCAUUACUUUUAAAAUUUUGGGCAUUUGCACUUUAAAAUAUAUGUUUUGAUGCUUAAGGUGGCAUCCAUGGAACAUAUAAUUCAUGAUAUGAAAGUCGACAUUGAAAGAUUGUUUCAUCUCACUCCUACUCGAAAGAAGAAUGUACUUCAAUUGAAAAUUUUUAAAUACUACAAGUAAACAGAUGUAAUAAUAUGUGCUGUCAGUAUUGAAGUUUACUUAUCCUACAGUCUUCCAGGGUUGGCAGACUUUAGUUGGUGUUUUAAUUUUGAAGUGUCUGACUAUGAAAAAGCAGUUAGAUGUAACUGUGCUGGAUAAGACCACGGCGAUAAAUCUGCUGCCACACUGUUUAUAUUUUCUUGGAGCAAUUGUUGCAGGAUCCAAAGCAUUAGCAACUCUUCCAAUACCUGUGUUUGUCUCGGUUUGUAAUAUCCCACCAGCCUGCAUCUUCCUGUUGGACUGUUCAGCAAGUCUGCUUAACCCAGGGUUAGUCCAAGUGACAGCGGGUCUUGUUAGUCUAGGAGCAGCAGUGUCUGUAAUUUUACUCGACGUCAGCUUACCAUUUACAGAUUCUGGUUACUCAUGGCUUCUGGCCCACAUACUGUUCCUAACAGCACAAAUACUGCAUUCACGUAUCACAAAUCCUCGAUAUACUGAAGUAGACAAACUUUACUACAGUAACAUUUUCAGUGUGAUAAUUCUUGCGCCAUCUAGCUUCUACCUGGAGGAAGCUUUCUCUGUACUCCAUUUCCAGCAUCGGCGUCAGAUUCGUUUCUACUUGGGAUGCCUUCUCAGUGGUGUAUUGGGAGUUUUGUUGCAAUUGUGGUCAGCAAAACUUCGCUCUAAUCAGCGGUUCCAACGUUCACAAGCCUUAGCAAAACUUCUUGCCUGUCUUGUGGCAGUGCCAUUGUUUAGUCCUGAACUUUCAGUUCCUCUUUGGGGAUUUGUUGCUGCAAAUUUAAUUUCAAGUGUAUUGUUUUCAUCAGAUUAUGAGUCACUUGAGAAACGUGAUGAGUGGUUGGAUGUGUAAAAGUGUGUUGAUUGUUUGGUGGAGUAAUGAGUUCCAUCUUUUACUACAGUACAGUAUAUUGUGAUGCAUAUUCAAAACUAAGGUUUUGAUAUUGAUAGUUGAACUUGUUAUGUUUCUUGUUUAUUGCUGAUUUUCUGUCAGACAGAAUGAAGAACUUGGAAUUUAUUUGUUCAAUUUCUUCAUCAUUGAAGGACUCUUCACUGUGUGAUUAAUUUGUAUAACUGUACUCUUUAUGAGUGAUACAUGAGAACAUUUUAUCAGUGGAUUGUGUUCAUGUACUUUUAUAAGUAUAUUUUUAUUUUAUAAUUGACGCCAUGUGAACCUUUUUUCCUGUUACACUGGGUGAACUGUGUAGUAUUUUGCUUCCACAAUUAGAAAAGCAAGUAGAUGAAUUGGUAAAAUAUCUUCGGCUUUGGGGAAAGGGUAGUCAGGUUUUUGAUAUUAAUGUUGUACAGGAUUAUCAUUAAUUAUUUACUGUUAAAUAUUUGUUUUGUAUUACAAAAAAUUGUUUUUGAUAUUAAUUGAAAGAGUUAAAAAUUGUUCUCCAGGUUGGCAAAUGAUUGUAGUUUAAUAAGACUCAGUGUCAGAUGCUUCUAACAUUGUUCCAGAUCUGUAAUUACGUGUGUUCAGUGCAAACAGAGAUUUCAUAUUAUAACAAGUAAUACCUAAAUCAGUGAAGUGUGUGGAUGUAAUACCAGGAUUUAAUUCCCCACUGGGACAGAAUUUUUCUUUGCCGUCGCUAAGAAAGUGUGGAGUUUUACCUCCAUGCCCCUAUGUGCAUGGCUUUGUGCUGCUUAAGCACAGGGACAGCUUAACCUUAAGAAGUUUCUUGCCAGACUCAGUACUGUUCCAUAAGGAACACAUUUUUAUGAACUUUUUUUUUCACAUUUAUUAUUUUAUAGUGCAGAAUAUUUUAUACACACAUCAUUAUAAAAUGAUAGUGAAAAUAAAAAGAGGGUUUGCUAAUCUGUUUUAUCGCA